AGUGACACAGGAACAUUGGCACCGGAGAGGUGUGUGUUCGGGAUCAUGAUGGAUGUUUCAGCUUUUUUAGGCAUUGCCACGGUGUAUGUGCGUUACAAGCAGGUGGAGGCUCUUCUCGAUGACGAGGUCAAACUCCAAAGACUGAACUGCUUUGGGCUAGUCCUCGGCUGGAUGAGCUCCUUCGGGAUGUGUGUGGUGGCCAACUUCCAGAAGACCACCCUUUUCUCCAUGCACAUGGUGGGGGCGGUGUUGACAUUCGGUGUCGGAGCGCUCUACAUCCUGGUUCAGACGCUGCUGUCGCAUUACAUGCAGCCUCACAUCCACAGCAAGACCACGUUUGUGGUUCGCCUCACCAUCCUGGUCUGGACCCUGGGCAGCAUCAUCAGCAGUAUCCUUAAUUUCCCCCUGCCUGUUCUGAAGCACAUAUAUAACAAUUACAUGAAAGAAGAAAUAUUUUGUUGCAUAAUGUUUGUUGUCGUCUUCCAGGGCUACGUGCCGCAUAUGGUCAGCACGGUGUCUGAGUGGUUCCUGGCCUUUUCCUUCAUCAGCUUCUUCCUCACUUACAUCAGAGAUUUUCAGAAAAUAAACUUGCGAGCAGUAGCGGUUUUGCAGAGCAGCCAUCUGUACGACAGGAAUGUUCCACCUUCUCGUCAGAACAGACCGUCUGAAACUUCUCCUCUGCUGGCUGGAACAACGUGACACAAAAUGCAGCUGCAGCCGAGUCUGCUUCAGAUUUGCUUUGCUUGUUCUUAGCAAAUUUGAAGUUUGUCUUUUUAUAAAGAAUAUGCAGAGACUUUUAAGGGUCAGGGCACCAGGACGUCUUCUCUGUCUUAUUGCACUGUAUAUAGUCAGAUACUGAGAUUCUGAAGCGAUCCGACUCAAAGGUUCGUCUCACCUGCUGUAAUCYGCAGAGGAUUGCUUUAAGUUUGAGCUGCUCACAACCAUAAGGUCUUUGUAUUGUUUUUCGUAUGAGAUCUCCAAAUGGUUACGAUAACUAAAACCUGUGGAAUCAAACAUGCAAGUUGUUUUUAUUAUUUGUGCUUCACUAAACUGACGAUAAUGCAGAUAUUUAUUCAGUUGCACUAUUAUCAACAUAUCUGUACCAUGAUGCAAAGCAUUGCUUACCUAACUGAUUACUUGGCUUACAUUUUAAAUACAUAGUAUUAAACUGUUAAGUCAUUUAACUACAGUUAUUAAAUAUUGUCUUAGACCCUGUUGUAAGYCAUGACUGGCCUGGCAAAACUGUAUCAAAAAGUAUUCUUGGAUUUCUUACAUUUUUAAUCAAUAUAUAUAAAUUCUUCAUAGUCUAUAUUGUGUUUUUUUUUGUUUGUUUUUUCUUAUCUGAGCACAGACUUUAUUAAUUUAUGGCCUAAUGGUGUUGUUAUUCUAAUAUUUACAUACCAGCUGUCAGUGAGCAUGAAUAAAUGAAUUAAUAACUAAU